AUGGCGUUGGAUUCAGCUGUAGCCGCCUCGGCUCCAGGCAAGGUUCUCCUAGUGGGAGCGUACCUUGUGGUAGAGCCUCCUAAUCAAGGCCUCGUUCUCGCCACGAACGCGCGCUUCUACGCCAUUGCGCAGCCGCUAAUCGCCGAGAGGGAGAAGCAGGUUACGGAAUCAGCGGAAACAGCAGAUGCGGGCAGAGAGAGCCUGAUGACCGUUGGCGUGGAUUCGCCUCAACGAGGCAGCUGCUACUUCUUCGACCUGUCCCUUCCAAAUCUCGAAAUCAGCAACCGCAGGGAAGGUGACGCCUGUGCGGGUGAAUGCACAGGACAGAAAGGUCAAGCGGAGGAAGGCAGCGCGGAGAGGGUUUCAGGCAACCCUUAUGUGGAAAGGGUGGUUCAGGUGGCUGUGGGAGCUGCCCUGGGGGAGACAGGCGGAUUGAGGGACGGAGCAACGGACAAGCGGCAGCUGAGGGAGCGGCUGACGAGUGCAGGAGUGCGCAUCACGAUUGCAGGAGACAACGACUUUUAUUCGCACCGCCACACUCUGCAACAGAUGGGCCUGCCGCUCUCUGCGUCCUCCCUCGUCCGCAUCCCCCCCUUCGCCCCGAUCGUCAGCAACCCUCCUUCAGCAGCCCCAGCCACAUCAACACCCCCGGUAACAACAGCAGCCCCACACGCAGCAGCAUCAGCAUCAGCAUCAGCAUCAGCAGUCGCAGUAGCAGCAGCAGCAGAGCCCACGAGAGGGCACGUGCCAGAGGUGGCGAAGACAGGGCUGGGGUCGUCUGCCGCCAUGACUGCUGCUGUCUCCGCUGCCCUGCUGCACUUCCUCGGCGUGCUGGAGCGCACAGGGAGUGGCGCUGCUGAUGAGGGUUCUCAGGAGCGGGCCAUGGGGAGUGGAGCGGAGGAGAGCUCUCAAGGGGAGGCGGUGGGGAGUGCGGGGACGGUGGGGAGGGAGGAGGUGGUGCAUCGGGUGGCGCAGGUGGCGCACUGCUUGGCACAGGGCAAGGCGGGCAGCGGGUUUGAUGUGGCAGCUGGCGUGUUUGGGUCCAUGUGCUACCAGCGCUUCAACCCGUCCGUCAUGCAUGCCCUCAUGGUGGGUGCUCUCGUGCUGGGUGCUGCCAUGAUGGUACUGGGCGAGCCAGGCACAGGGGGUACCGCCACACCCUCCAUGCUUUCUGCUGUCAUGAAGUGGCGGCGGCAAUCACCAGGAGAAGCAGAGCCCAUUUGGGAAGGCCUAAAAGAGGCCAAUGCGGCAGUGUCUGCUGCUCUCUCACACCUGUCCCUUCUCGCUCGCACCCAUCCAGACGCCUUCUCCACCACUCUGAACCGCCUGCAGCACGUGCCUCUCACUGCAGCAACCCCAGUGGCGCCUGUUGCUGCCGCAACCCAGGUGAACCCCUUGUGUGCCACCUAUGAGGCAGCGGGAGAUCUCCAGGCUGAGGUUGAGGUAACUCUGGAGUCUACUCAACAGUUGCAAGCAGGCACAUCGGUGCAUGGUAGCAGCAACAUCAGCCACACAAGCAGGGCCAUCAAACCACACGCACCACAGCAACCACAGGAACAUCAAGAAUCGCAAACAGAACAAGAGCAGCAAGGUGGUGACAUCCGGAAUACCAUCCUACACGCGCUUCUCACCCUGCGGUCCUCCUUCCUCUCAGUGCGCCACCUGCUCUCUGCCAUGGGCUCUGCUGCCGCCACACCCAUCGAACCCCCCCAGCAGACCGCACUUCUUGACGCCACCAUGCAGCAGCCGGGGGUGGUGAUGGCGGGGGUGCCGGGUGCAGGGGGAUUUGAUAGUGUGUUUGCGGUGGUGGUGGGAGAGGAGGCGGCGAGGAGGCUGGAUGGGAUGUGGGCUGGUAUGGGGGUGAUGCAGAUGGGUGUCAGGAGUGGGGCGGAGGGGAUGAGGUGGGAGGAGGUAGAGGGGGUGAUAAGGAGGCUGGGAAGGGGAUGA